UCUUGUUCAGAGGUGUUCUGUGGACUUCAGUAUGACGUUCAUAGAAUGACGUUUUUUUUUGUCUUAACUUCUAUCCACAAAAUAUCCCCCCUUGGGGAAUGUUCCGGGCUUCUAUCUACUCGUCUUUAUCUAUGACUUCUAUGGUCUUAACCCCUAAAGUAUAAAUUAAAAAUUCCAACAAAGUUUUUUUGAUUGUUUGACCUUCAAUAUAUCAAUUGUUCGUUCUACAAAAAUUCCGAAUAAAUUGGAAUAUGUCUGAAGAGAAAGAUGACGGAAAAAAUGGAUGUAUGGAAAUAGAGGUUAAUCAGGACGCCGACGAUAAAACACCAAACAGUGAAACCGACAAUGAGUCCAGCAUUUCUUCUACAACCAAUAGUUUAACUAAAAUGGAUCUAAGUGUUAAAUUACAUGCUGAUGAUGAGAAGAAAGAAAAGAAACAACCGGAAGCAGGCAACUGUUAUUGUGGGAAAGAUCGAAACUUAAAUAUUGUAGAGUUGCUAUGCGCAAAUUGCAUUAGAUGGUUUCACGAAUCAUGUAUUGGCUACCAAUUGGGAAAGCUAGUACCGUUUUUGGCAAACUACGUAUUCCUUUGUAAAAAUUGCUCCCAAACUGGCUUAGAGACGUUUAGAAAGAGCCAAGCUCAAAUUACUCAGAUGUGUGUUACCGCUAUUGCCAACCUGCAGCAAGCUAGUGCUAAAGAGGGUACCAAUAAAUUGUUAUUUAAUAAAGAGAAAGAAAUUAUUCCUUACAUCGAAUAUCACUGGGAAGCGAUCACUACAACUUCAAGGCGUGUUACCCAAUCAUGGCAUUCCACAGUGACAAAAACACUUAUAAAAGAUAUUCACGUUCUGUUUGUGUUUGAAGAUAAAGGUGAUGGUCAAAUGUAUGGCUUGAUGAACACUGAGCUGACGCAUAUCAAGCCAAAUUAUGAGGCCAUGAUUAAAGGAGGAACGUUAAAGGUCACGGAAAUGGGUAUUCAACAUGCAGUUGGUCUGAAAUCCAGAAAUAUGAAACGAAAACUCCUAGCCGAUUUGGGCGGAGCUGGCAAGAAGAGUAGGGGAAUAGACUUGGCAACUCCCAAACUGCCCCCUCAUGGGUAUCCUUUAGACCACCCGUACAACAAGGAUGGGUAUCGCUAUUUACUAGCUGAACCAGACCCACAUGCACCGUUUCGGCAGGAAUUCGACGAAAGUUCAGACUGGGCUGGAAAACCGAUUCCUGGUUGGUUGUACAGAACGUCCAUUCCAAGUACUGUUCUCCUGGCCCUUCAUGACAGAGCACCUCAAUUAAAAAUUUCGGAGGAUCGCUUAGCUGUAACUGGAGAAAAAGGAUACUCUACUGUCCGAGCUACCCAUUUUGUUACCAAAGGCUGUUGGUAUUGGGAGGCAACUAUUGAAGAAAUGCCAGAAGGAUCAGCAACCCGCAUGGGUUGGGGUCAGGACUAUGCAAACCUACAAGCGCCUUUAGGGUAUGAUAAGUUUGGAUACUCGUGGAGAUCUAAGAAAGGAACUAAAUUUCACGAGUCUCAUGGAAAACAUUAUGGAACUGGUUACAGCGAAGGUGAUACCGUUGGUUUUAUGAUCGUUAUGCCACAAAGCAACACUACCAAGUUAGUUCCGAAUACCUAUAAAGACAGGCCGUUGGUAAAAUUUAAGAGCCAUUUGUACUAUGAAGAGAAGGAUCAUGUCCAAGAAAGGCUUAAACUCUUGGUUAGUCUUUCGGGCAGCAAGAUUUUGAAUUUUAAAAAUGGGGAAUGUCAGGGCGUUGCAUUUGAUGGCAUUUACCAAGGAAGCUAUUACCCAACGCUGUCCUUGUACAAAAAUGUGACGGUGUCGGUUAAUUUCGGACCAAAUUUUAAGUAUCCACCGCCAGCCGAGUAUGAAUGGAAACCGAUGUCCGAGAAAGGAGAAGAAGCAAUUUGCGAGCAAACCAUGGCAGAUCUAAUGUUUCUAACAGAGAACGAAGGACGUUUACGCCUCGACAGCUUUGUCCUCUGACAUUAACUGAAACCUUUUACCUGGAUUAAAAUUACUUAAGAAUAAUAAUGAUCCUACAGAGAAUUGAACUUUAAAGCUGGAUUAAAAAUUUUGAAUAUUUUUUUAUAGUAGAACUUACAUUUAUCAUAGUGCAUUGACACAUUUAAAAAAUGAUGGUAUAUUACAUAAAUAUUGUCCAUAUUAAAUUAAUCAACCAUUAAAAGUCAAUCAUAAACCCCA